CUCAAUUUCUUGUUUGUAUCAGUUCGACAUGGAUAUGUCGGUCGAUUUCGAUCGUCUCCUGUUCUUCGAGCACGCUCGUAAAGCCGCCGAAGCCGAGUACGAGAAGAACCCCCUCGAUGCCGAGAAUCUGACGAGGUGGGGUGGCGCACUGCUGGAGUUAUCAUCGUUCCAGAAUGUUAACGAGUCAAAGAGGCUGCUUCUAGAAAGUAUAUCAAAGCUGGAGGAGGCCUUGUUGAUUAAUCCAAAAAAGCAUGAUGCCCUGUGGUGCUUGGGGAAUGCGAACACUUCUUAUGCAUUUCUGACCCCUGAUCAAGAGGAGGCUAGGAGUUAUUUUGAUAAGUCAGCCCUGUUCUUUCAGCAAGCUGUUGAUGAGGACCCCGAGAAUGAUCUUUACCGCAAAUCUUUAGAAGUUUCUGCUAAGGCACCUGAAUUGCACACAGAGAUUCAUAGACAGGGCUUUGCUCAGCAGGCUAUGGCAACCGGGCCUUCCACUUCAACAACUGCAAAGACUGCGAAGAAAAAGAAGAGUAAUGAUCUUAAGUACGACAUCUUUGGAUGGGUAAUCCUUGCAGUUGGAAUCGUUGCAUGGGUGGGAUUUGCAAAAUCCAAUGUUCCUCCUCCUCCGCCUCCUAGAUAAGUUGAGCUUUCUGCGUAGGACUCUGGUAUUCAUCGGAAUACCUAUCACAGGCGUUUCUUCUGAUGUGUCAAAAAUGCAUUCCUUUCUCAUGUUAAGUUUUGACGCGAGUUAAGAUUUUCAACCAUGUAAGCGGAUAUAAUAAUUUGAUAGCAUUUUCUAGAUAUGAUUUAGUCUCCUCAUCGAGUAGAAUAAUCGCAGAUCAGCUUCCGUUCAGGUUCAGUGCCUUUUCGAUCUGGGUUUGUUACCUAGUGUAGACUUGAUGGCUGGCAAAUUAUGAAGCUACAACCAUUUGUUAUCGUUGUGCACUGCGGCUGGUAUUUUUUUGUUUUUGGUGGAGGGAAAUGAGUUUGUAUGAAGUAUUGUGAGCUGGGUCUGUUUGAUUAUCA